GUCAUCAGGGAAACGGGAGCAACAUGACCAUUUGUCGAGCUAUCUUCCAGCAGGCUGGCCCGAACGGGAAGCCGUGGGUCUGCAACCAUUCGUGUUCAGGCGGGAGCCCGCUGAGCCACUGGCGUGCCGUGCACGGGACGACAGAGCCAGAGACCUUUGAGGGUACUUGGUUCGGCGCCGUGUUUUGCUCUAUCGACGAGUACUACCAAUACCAUGGCACUACCCCUCCGAUGAACUACAGGACAGGAUAUCCGUUCCGCUCCCACCCCGUCCGUUACCCCAAGGCUGUCGUUGACGCGAAGAUCGCUGAAUACGGCGGCAAGUGUGGAUGGUCUACCGACCGUUGUGACGAGUGGACCGAGAAAGAGAUUGGGAACUUACCCAUGCUCUAUACCAGGGACGGCGGCGAGGUGGAAGCUGAUGAGUCUGAAGAAACGCCUGUGUUCUACAUGAACGCAGAGGCCUCGACGGAUAGUGAUGGCGAGAUCAUCGACGCCGGGGCAAAUCCUACUCGGCCUGCCCUUCCUACCUCGCCACAGGACCACGCGUUUGCAUCUUGUCCGCCCUCUCCGCCGCCAGCGGGGUGCACCGGCCCCUGGGAGGAGUUUCCUAAGGAAUGUGCCCACCACGAUGAGUUCCACCGCAUCUGGGUACUCGAAGGCCAAAUGCCAGAGAACAGCUACGAGCCACAUUGCCAAACGUACAGCCUCCACCAAAAGCAAAAUUCUAUCGCGACCCCGGAAGGCAGCAACGUUGCCGAGCAGCAGCCUCUAGCGGUAGCACCUGCUUUCGCACCUGUGUCCUGGGGCAUGCAGCAGCCAAGCGACGCGUCUUCGACUCUCACCGAGUUCGCCUGGGCUCUCGAAUACUUCCACCAACCCGCUACACCUCACGGUACCCUGCAAGGCUGCCUCGUACCGCCAUCAACUCCUUCGCACAUCCAGUCGUACUACGGGUUGGAAGCCCAGAGCCCCAGUGGCGACCUAUCUCACUACUACAGUUCCGCACACCCUACGUACGCGCCUUGUCCCCCGGUGUACUCGCAGUAUCAGUCUCCUCCUGUGGUAUCCUCGGGCUGGUCAUCGCAACACACGUCGUCUGCUCCGACCCGACAGCCUAGCCCUGUGCGGUCCGACGACGAGCAGGUUGCUGUAGAGGCUCUUCUGGGUCUUGGCUCCAGCAAGCCAUAGUGCCGCCCCUUCACAUUUCUCGUCCGUUUCCCAACGUCAGUCGUCUUUCCGAUUUCAAUACGUCUUCAUUUCCUAGAUCCAUUAUGCUGCAUAUAUGUUGCUCUCGUUCCAUGCGUGCGCCACUCGUACUUGCUCACAUCUCUCCGCAUUUUGUAUACAUUAUCAUGCUAUCACGUCUAUCCGUCUCUUGCUCUCCUGGUCUUGUUCACUGCUACCUGCUUGUGUAUUUUCGUCCCACGUGUUUCGUAUACUUAGUGUUAUCCAACGGGUACAGACUCGGAGCGUCUUCAAUCGUGGUGCUGUAUGAGACGGCAGC